CGGACAGCGCCCGAAUGAACUCGCGCGCAGAUUCUGGCAUCGCACAUCGCCGCGUCAGCACCGAGUCUAAACGGAGGGACUUCAGAAGGAAAAAACAAACCCAGUAGAAAACACAAACUCUCCGGACCUGUAGCUCGGUGGACACCCGCUGUUUAAUUCCGCUGACAAGUCAGGAGCCGCUCGCUCCCUCGAAUGCCUCAGCAACAGGGCAGCAGCAUGUCUGAAAAGAAAUCCAGUCAGCGGUUUCACAGCCUGAACACUGAGCAGGUGGAGGUUCUCCAUCAGGUUCUUUCAGAGGUGGUUCCCAUUCAUGGCCGUGGGAACUUUCCCACAUUGGAGCUGCGACCUCGUGACAUCAUCAUAGCUGUGCGGGCCAGGCUACAGAAGCAGGGAAUCACGGUCAGAGAUGUUCGCCUAAACGGCUCCACGGCCAGUCACGUCCUUGUUCGAGACAACGGAACGAGCUACAAGGACUUGGACAUCAUCUUUGGAGUGGAGUUGCCCAGUCAAGAGGAGUUCCAGGUGAUCAAAGAGUCAGUGCUGGGCUGUUUGCUGGACUUCCUGCCUGCUGCGGUCAACAGGGAACGGAUCAGCAAUGCCACAAUGAAGGAGGCCUAUGUCCAGAAAAUGGUCAAAGUCUUCAACGAACAUGACCGCUGGAGCCUCAUCUCCCUCUCAAACAACAGUGGCAAAAACCUGGAGCUCAAAUUUGUGAGUGCGCUGAGGCGGCAGUUUGAGUUCAGCGUAGACUCCUUCCAGAUCAUUCUGGACCGUCUCCUAGAGUCUUACAUGCAGCAGGACUCACAGCGCAAAAUGAAUAAAUGUGACUCUCCUCAGGCAUCUGACUCAGUCCCUGCUGUCGAAGUCCUGGCGGAGAGCAUGUAUGGUGACUUUGAGGCAGCCAUGGAUCACCUGCGCUACCGCCUGAUCGCUACCAGGAACCCUGAGGAGAUUCGAGGUGGUGGCUUGCUGAAAUACAGCAACCUGUUGGUCAGAGACUACCGACCAGCCAGCGAGACUCAGAUAAAGACACUGGAGCGCUACAUGUGCUCACGCUUUUUUAUUGAUUUCCCAGACGUGCAGGAACAACAGAGGAAGAUCCUAUCCUACUUGAAGAACCAUUUUAUUGGUGAGGAGAGAAGCAAGUACCAAUACUUGAUGACGCUGCGUCGUGUGGUAGAUGACAGCACGGUGUGUCUGAUGGGACAUGAGAGGCGUCAGACACUGAAUAUGAUCACAGUGCUGGCACUGAAGGUUCUAGGAGAGCAGAACAUAAUACCCAACACAGACCAUGUGACAUGCUUCUAUCAGCCUGCCCCCUACCUUGCUGAGCACACUGCCCCCUAUCUCGCAGAACCCAGCUACUGCAGCUACUACAUACCCCAAGGGGGAUCAACUCUGCUAUACCAACCUUACCCCUUACACCUGCACCCACAAACUGGACUUGUGUAAAACAUGCAUGGAUAUACAUGUACUUACACAAAAUACACAGUUGAGCUACCAAGGUGGUGCUUGCCCCGACUUUAGCUCAACUCCUGAUUCAGCCCCUGAUAUUAUCUCCAGCUCUGCUGUAGAUUCCAUGUCCGCUUUAUCUCA